AUGGCCACAUACAUGUUCUGCGGUCUGAGCGGACCCGUGGACCUCUUCUCUUCGUCACCACGGGGACACGGUCUUCUGCCACCCGACUCCGACUACGCCGCGCUGCUUAUCUCCUUCGUGGGCGAAGGGCUCGUGUUCCACGUGCACUCGCACGGCAGGGCGCCGCUCGACGUGACGGUGCACGAGCUGCUCGUCUACGCCAUCAUGGCGCAGGCCGCCUGCCUCGCCGUCGAGAUGGCGCGGCGAUCGAGCGUGGUGGCGGCGCUCGCGCGGGGAUUCUGCGCAGUUUUGCAGGGCACAUGGCUCAUCCAGAUCGCUUUCCUGCUGUUUGACCCUCGCGAAGGGAAGCGCUGGGACCCUCGAAGUGAUCGUGACGCUAUGCUGGCGGCCGCCAUUUUCCCUGUACACGUGGUGGCCGCGAUGGUUUACGUGUGCCUGCUGGGAACAGUGUUCUCCCGCCGAGCCGAAGUCGCCUACUUUCGCCUUGCGCAGGAGGCGGACAAGGAGAAGGAGCACUGCUUGAGCGCGGCAUCAGUGCGACCUGGCAUUCUUGCUGCCUUGAUUCCUUGA